AAAAUCUCCGGGACCAUUAUUCGGGUGUUGCUCUUAAUUAACGGUAUAAUUAAUUAUUAUGAAUGAUUAAUGAAGGAAUGAGAUGAUAGACAUGGCGUCCUCUCGAACAGCAGAGUCAUUAAAAGUUGACAACCUGUAGUACAACUUUGUUUGUGUAACUUUGUUAAAUGUUUGAAUUUUAAAGAUUUUGUAUAUUUUCAUUAAAAAAUGGAGUGCAAAGGUUUAUCGUGUGAAGUGAAACUUGAUGUUCAUUUGGUUUCAUGUCCAGGUACAAAACAUCUCUCCAAUAGAAACAUGCUGUUUAUUAGAAUUGCAUUGCUUGGAUGUUCCAAAAGAACAAAAUCUGUCUAUGCUACUUUUCCCUUACUAUUCAGUGAACGACUAUACUUUGAAAAGAAAUUUAUUACUGCCACAGAACCUUCUCAAGUGAUGGAGAUGUUAGAAGAUGAAAAUGUGGUUAUUGAGUUGUUGCAAUAUUCUCAACAAAGACCAGGUGGUAAAUGUUUGGCUUCUUAUGAAGAAUCUACUCGCAAAUUCUUGUUCCCUAAGAAAACUCUCACAAAAAAAAAUGACGUUGAUCGUGAAAUACUUCUUCGAAGAUCCAAGAACUUUCCGGGUAUAAAUCCUAAAUUAGAGUUCUCAACAAGCACAACAAUGGAAGAAGCAAGAAUAUCAUCUUUUUAUACAAGACAUUCAUUUUCACAAGAUAAUAAAGACAAUACAAGCGACUGCUCUGAUGAAGACGAUAAAUUACCUGUAAUGCAAUCAGCCAAUGAACGCUCUCCGAAAGCAACGAAUUCCAGACUUUCACAUAGUCUUAGUCCCAUGCAUAUAGACAAAUAUUAUGUACCUGAGUUUGCAAGAAGACCAAAGAAUCAUCAUGAUGUUUUAAAGAAAUCAAUGUCAUUGUCUCCCAGGUUAAAGUCAAGGUUGUAUUGUAAUAAACCUCCAUUUAAAACAGGAAAAGCAAAUGAAAAUAUUAUAUCUCGACGUGAUUUUCCUCCUCGUCGUCCUAAUGCUAAAUCUCUUGCAAAGUUAAGAAACAGUUUACCCAACACGCGUCGAUCUGCUGAUGAUAAUCUGUUUCAUCACCUUGGAUCAGAACGAAAACUACGAUCCGCUUCCAGAUGUUCUGUGUCGUCAUACCCGUCUCGUGCAAGGCUUCCCGACAGCGCACCAAUAUCAAAUGAUGUAGCCUACAAUCGAGCACUUUCUGGUAGAAAGAAAGUCUUUGAAAGAGAUUCAGAUGAAUACAGUUCUUCUAAAGAAUCUUCUGAUGAUGAACUACAUGAACGAGUGGCAAAACUACUGGAAAAAACUAGAGUGAAUGUAUCAGACAGUGACUCCGACUCUGAUCACAUAAGUUUAUCAUCUCUUCAGGAAUUAAGAAAUGAGAUCGAUGUUGCAAGACAAAAAGCUAUUGAUCGAUCUUUUAAUGAUUCUUAUAACUCUUCUGCUGGUGUUGGAUUAGAUCGUAGUGUAACUGUACAACUUGAUGAUAGGGAAUCUUGGUCAAAUAGAAAAUACCUAUACACUAGUCUGGAUCAUCGGAAGAUAUUUAAUCAAUCAUUACAAAGCAUAUAUCAUGAUUUAUACAACAAAGCUGAGAAAGUGAAUGCUAAAGAAUAAAUUCCCAUUUUUACAUUUUUAUAUGAGCACAAAAACGACUCCCAUGAAUACAUCUAUUGAAAAGUUAUGCCUCGGAUAUUGUAUAAAUCUGUUUUUAACUUCAAUCAUGUGUAUAAAUUGGAAAGAUUUAAGCCUUGGCAAACGCACAAUAAAAUUGCCAAUCAAACGGCGCUUUAUUGAAUUCAGUAAAA